AUGUCCGAAAACAGCAUUGAAGAUGUCGACCUCACAGAAGAUUCGAAUGACAACCUCCUAGAUCCUGGCGACGGCAGCGACUCCCAAAACACCGGAUACGACUCCACGGAUCCUGUCUUGCUAGAUGAGGAGGAUGCCCCGACAGCGGACGGGCAAGCUGACAACGUGGUAUCACCGCCGAAACAAACAUACGCCUUCGGUGGGAGAUAUAACGACUUGAAGAUGCAUAUGGGACAGCGAUAUUCCGGCAUGGCGAUCGGCGGCUCGCAUACAUGGAAUUACGACCCAGGUGUAUGGAAAGAGACCAAGGAAGAGCCCGAUCUAUGGCGGAUCGAUUAUCAAACCAACAAGCGACGAGCACGUAACGCGCCCAAGGGUAGCGGUGCACCUGUCGGGACGGAGUACCACUGGUUGAUUGUUGGGCACCAGCACGUACGUAAAAUCGACGCUAAUACCUACGAGACCCACCUGACGGGCUCCAAGUAUAAACUGGCGCACAAGUCAGUGACCUCGGGAUCUUGGUCGAUUCCUACGGUGAAAGGACAGCGACAGAGGGAAAUAGAAUUACUGCAGGAUGCGGAGCGGCGUGUUCAGGGGCUGCCUCCUGUGGUAGCGAGUGAGAAAGUCAAGUCUGAUCAGCGUGAGAAGGGGCAGCAAAGUAUUGACGCGCUUUUUGGCAAAGCUGCCCGGAACAAGGAGGGCGCAGGGGGUCCUAAAAAACGGAAGCGAGCAUGA